UGGCAUAACAAAGAGAGAGGAGAGAGAAAUAGGGGGGAGAACGCGAGCUCCGCUCCUCCCAAAUCCUAAAAAAAUAGCCACAUUUCGUUGCCGGAGGCCAUGUCCUCAUCGCCGCCACCGACUUCUGCACCGCCGCCGUCAUCCACCUUUCCUCCACCCUCAAACUCCACCUCUCCCCCUCCUCAACCCCUCUCCUCUCCUCCGCCUCCGGCCACCGCUCCUCCACCCUUAAACCCCAUUUCACCGUCUCCUCCGGCUUCCACCCCUCCAUCUCCUCCCAUUCCACUGAACCCGUCCCCACCGAGCCGAUCAACGCCACCGAAGCCGAUCAACCCAUCGGGAUCUUCGGGGUCGGGGAAGAGCCCGCCAUCAUCUGGACGUUCUCCUCCCGCGCCUCCUUCGUCGUCGAGCUCAACCUCGACCGGGCUCGUGGUUGGCUUGGCCAUCGGUGGAGUGGUGAUUCUAUUGUUGUUGGGUGUUUUGUGGAUCUUUUGCUGUAGAAAGAAGCGUCGGGCAGGGCCUAUGCCACCAAUGCCGCCACAAUACUCCGUUCCUCCUCCUCCAAGGAAAGAUGAACCAUAUGAGCAACACCAAAAUUGGCACAGUGCUGCACCAAAAGCAGAUCAUUUUAUAAAAAUCCCCCCAAAUCCUUCCCCUGCCCCUCCUCCACCAUUUGCUUCGCAUCCCCCACAAGGGUUGGGCAAUUUCGGUGUCCCUCCAGUUGUUAUGAGUAAUAGUGGAAGCUCUGGAUUAAAUUAUUCUGGAUCUGAUAAUUCACCAGUUCCACCAUCACCAGGGGUUUCAUUUGGCUUAUCAAAGAGCACAUUCACAUAUGAAGAACUAGCAAUGGCAACAGAUGGAUUCUCUGAUGCUAACCUCCUUGGGCAAGGUGGUUUUGGAUAUGUUCACAGAGGAAUGCUUCCCAGUGGUAAGGAAGUUGCUGUCAAGCAGUUGAAGUCUGGUAGUGGGCAAGGUGAGCGUGAGUUUCAAGCAGAGGUUGAAAUCAUUAGCCGCGUGCAUCACCGAUACCUAGUUUCAUUGGUUGGAUACUGCAUUGCGGAGGGAAAGCGGCUUCUUGUCUACGAAUAUGUUCCUAACAAUACAUUGGAGUUUCAUUUGCAUGGUAGAGGGCGUCCACCUUUAGAUUGGCCCAUUAGAUUAAAAGUUGCUCUGGGCUCUGCAAAAGGACUGGCAUAUUUGCAUGAAGAUUGCCAUCCCAAAAUUAUUCAUCGUGACAUUAAAUCAUCUAAUAUUCUUCUGGACUUCAAGUUUGAGCCAAAGGUUGCUGAUUUUGGGCUAGCCAAAAGUGCACCAGAGACCAACACCCAUGUCUCUACGAGAGUCAUGGGAACUUUUGGAUAUCUGGCUCCAGAGUAUGCAUCUUCUGGCAAGCUCACAGAUAAAUCAGAUGUUUUCUCUUUCGGUGUCAUGCUUCUCGAGUUAAUCACAGGUCGCCGAGCUUUUGAUUCAAACCAGUCAUUCAUGGAUGAUAGCUUGGUUGAUUGGGCAAGACCUUUACUUUCACGGGCUCUUGAUGAUGGAAACUUUGAUUCCCUUGUUGAUCCACGACUGGCCGGGAGGGAUUAUAACUACAGUGAAAUGAGACGCAUGAUUGCUUGUGCAGCUGCUUCUGUGCGCCAUUCAGCAAAGCGGAGGCCUCGGAUGAGUCAGAUUGUUCGGGCCUUGGAAGUAGAUAUAUCGUUUGAUGACCUGAACGAAGGAGUUAAACCAGGCCACAGGAGUGUCUAUGGCUCUUACACGAGCUCGGACUACGAUGCCAUGCAAUACAAUGAUGAUAUGAGAAAAUUCAGAAAAAUGCCAUUAGCAAGCGAGGAAUAUGGGAACAGUGGAUAUAGUGCACCAACAAGUGAGUAUGGCUUGGAUUUGAAACCUUCUGGAUCGAGCGCUGAAAGCCGAGAAAGCCGAGAUGCUGGAGAAAUGGAGAUGAGUGGCAGGAUGAAGAAGGAGAGCCCAGGCUUUUAGCAUUUACAGUAGAAGGGGCUGUUUAUCUAUGAAAUAUAGCUUUUUUUCUCUUUCUCAGGUCAUUAAUCUUCCUGAUUGUAGAGAUGUGAGCUUUGCCAGGAUUUGCCUGACUAGAAAUUUAUGUUCUUUGGACGAAUAUUGAGAUUGCAAAAAAAAAAAAAAAAAGUUCAUAUUCUUCAAGAGGAUUGUUUGCUUAAGGGCAAGGGUAAAUUAUUAGGUGU